CAGUGCAGAGCCUCGUUGGCGUUAUAUUUCUUCCUCUUCUCUCUCUUCACUCUCACCUGAACGCGCUUGUGAAAUUUCCGGGGCUCGGUUUCAGCGCGCGAUUGGCCAGCGCGAGCUCUUACCGACAUGCAAAUGAGGGCGCGCGCGCGCUACGCCCGCCCGGUGAGCAACCGGAGAGCGCGCGGACAGCCGAACGGGCCCGGGGUGGAAUGCACACUCUGCACGAGCAGCGACAUUUUUUUUUUUUUUUACUCUCACGCACACGCACCAUAGACACGCGCGGGUGCGCGACGCACUUCUGCACACACACACGUUCACACUGACUACACACACACGCGCGCGCACACAAACAUACAACUUAAUGCCGUUAAAUGUAACCUAACGUAGGAAUGUGGCGCGGGGAUCUGAUUUGUUUGGCCCUGAUUUAGUCGCGUGAAGCCGGUAACCCGAUCCCGGGGUGAGACUGAGCUUCUCGGUGCAGUUACCUGUUUUUGUUUUUGUUUUUUGUUUUUGUUUUUUUUUUCGUUAUGAGCUGAGAAUGAGCAACACGAACUCGCAGGACAAGUGCGCGAGCGCUCCGGUGUCCAGCUUCACCAUCCGCUCUAUUCUGGGCGCACCGGCGGACACAGGGAGUUCAGCCGACGCGGACAAGAGCCCUACGGCUGCGGCGGCGCCCCCGCGGAAGCGCGCGCUCUCGGUGUCCGCGUCCUGCUCCGAGGAUGAGGCGAGCGGGGCGGAGGCGGAGGACUCGACUGACUGCUGCUGCUCCGAGCCCGGACUCCCGGAACCGUGCAGCCGGCACCGCGCUCUCACUUUCCCCUGCCUCGGUGGGACUAAAACUCUUCUCCCGAGGCCGGAUUUGAUGGAUCGCGCGCACCAUCAUCACUUGGCGCAGUCGUUAUUACCGGAUUACCGAGAGGAGCAUCCGCGCGAGAGGGACAGGGAGAGGGAGCGCUCGUGCGGUCGUGCGUCUCCCGUUUCCGCGGACCAGCAGCGCGAUGGAGCGGAGAAGCAGACCGGAGCUUUAGGAGGAGGAGGAUGUGGAGGAGGAGGAGGAGGAGGUGGUGGUGGAGGUGGAGGAGGAGGAGGAGGAGGAGGAGGGAGCGCGGCGAAGAAGAAGACGCGCACGGUGUUCUCGCGCAGCCAGGUGUACCAGUUAGAGUCCACGUUCGACGUGAAGCGCUACCUGAGCAGCUCGGAGCGCGCGUGCUUGGCCUCGAGCCUGCAGCUGACCGAGACCCAGGUGAAGACCUGGUUCCAGAACCGCAGGAACAAGUGGAAGCGGCAGAUCUCCGCCGAGCUAGAGGCGGCCAACGCCGCGCACGCGUCCGCCGCGCACGCGCUCGUCGGCGUGCCGCUCGUUCUGCGCGAGAACUCGCUGCUGCGCGUGCCCGUGCCGCGCUCCAUCGCGUUCCCGACGCCGCUCUACUACCCCGGAAGCAACCUGCCCCCGCUGCCCCUGUACAAUCUCUACAACAAAGUCGAAUACUGAACUCUCCAUGCAGCACAAACUAUUACUCUUCAUCACCACCACCAUCAUCAUCAUCAUCAUCAUCAUCAUUUAUUAUUAUUAUUAUUAUUAUUAUUAUUAUUAUUGGUAAAAAAAAGAAGAAAAUAUGGUUAAAGGAAUCCACAUUUGUAAUUAUGCAGCGGUUAUACGAGCAGAAGGAGAAACGCGAACGGCGCAGCGUCUCUCCUGUACAUGUCCUAUAAAAUACACCGUGUGUAUACUGGAUUAUUUUGUACGUUUAUUUACAUUUGAUCUUUGUCUCUUUAUUAUAACCAAUUUUACGCGUUAUAUGUGAGGAGGAAAAAAGAAACCGGAUGGACUUCAUGACUUGAUUCUGAUUUGAAGGGAAAAAAAGGAUUAAAAGAAAAUAAAAGUGAACGCUGAAAUGAACAAGGAUUUAAUACUUCACACUGUACAGCUGAGAAAGAGAGAGAGAGAGAGAGAGA